GGCACCUCGGGGUGGGCUGCUGGCUGGGGGUGGGAGCCAUGGACUCGGCGCCAGCCUUUGCCAUGGACAAGCCGUUCGCCCCCGGCGCCGUGCGCGGCCCGGAGCCGCCCGAAAACGCUCAAAGCCGGAAAAACUUCAGCGUGAGCCACCUCCUCGACCUGGAGGAGGUGGCGGCAGGGAUGAACGGGACCCCCGCGGCCGGUCCCCCGCCCGCCGGCGGCGGCAAGGCCGGCCCGGAGCCGUCGGGAGGCAGCAGCGGCAGCGAGGCAGCGCCCCAGGACGGUGAGAGCCUGAGCCCAAGCUGUGGGGCAGCCAAGAGGAAGAAGAAGCAGAGGAGGAACCGCACCACCUUCAACAGCAGCCAGCUGCAGGCUCUGGAGAGGGUCUUUGAGAGGACGCACUACCCCGACGCCUUUGUGCGGGAGGAGCUGGCCAGAAGGGUCAACCUCAGCGAGGCCAGAGUCCAGGUGUGGUUUCAGAACAGGAGGGCCAAGUUCCGCCGUAAUGAGAGGGCGAUGCUGGCCAACAGAUCAGCAUCACUGCUCAAAUCCUACAGCCAGGAAGCAGCCAUUGAGCAGCCCAUGGCACCACGAGCCACCGCACUGACCCCGGAGUAUCUGUCCUGGACCAGCACCUCCCCGUACAGCACUGUGCCCUCCUACAGCUCCAGCGGGACGGCAGCGCCCACCCAAGGGGUGAACAUGGCCAACAGCAUCGCCAGCCUGCGCCUCAAAGCCAAAGAGUUCAGCCUCCAUCAGAACCAGGUGCCGACCGUGAACUGAGCAGGGCAAACCCCAUCCCAUGGCCUCCUCCAGGAUACAGCGUGGAGCUCCUGUGCUGCUCCAGGACAAAUCGCUGCCUGCCCAGCCCACAUGCCACUCAUCCAAUGUCUCAGCAUCUUCUCUCCUCUUCCCUUCCCUUCUGAAGGUAGAGUCAGUCCCAGGCCGAAGUGGCACAUAAUUAUAGCCACAUAUGGAGCGAACUCGGUUAGAAACUUGCUUUUCUGCACACCCUUAUAAUAACGGCUAUAUAUACACACAUACCCCCCACACGCUCUUUGAGGACAAACAGACUUGCCAAGGGAACAAGAAUUUGUUUCCAAACAUGGAAGGAUCUUGGACUAUUGGAUUUGACCAAUUUGGGUAUCUUGCCCAGAGAGCCAAAGAGUUAUUGGGUCUUCUCCUCCCGCAGGGACAGUGUGGGAGGAUCACGAGCCCCCCUUUCCACCAGGCUGUGACUUGCAGCACUCAAACUGUGUGUGCCAAAGCUGAUCCAUGUGUUUGCUUCUUUGUGCAACCCCAGCCACAGUGUGGGGCUUGGGCCUUCCCAAAGUUUGGGACUUUGGGAAGCUGAUGGCUCACCCAUGCCAUGGCCGGUUUCGGCCAGCCCUCUGCACUGCCUGCAUUUAGGAGCUGCCCAUGCUGAUGGCAUCAGGCUUUGUCCCUUCCCAGAGAGGCGAGCAGAGCUGCAGCAUCUCAAGAGACCCUGCUGGAGCCUGCGAGCUCUCCCAUGAGCUGGGGAUGCAUCGCCAGUCUCCAAGCAGGCACCGCUGCCCUGCCUCGGCGGACUUGCCAGCGAUUCUGCAGAGCCCCAGGUCAUUGAACAGUCCCAGGGAAUGAGAAAAUUGGAAAAAGCUGUUGGGUUUCAGCUGAGUAGGCGGCUCCCAGCGCUUCGUGCCAACGAAGGUUUUGCCUUCCGGAGGCACAGCCUCCCCGUCGGCAGCUCCGCAGAUGUGCUCGGGGGUCUGGGGCCGGCAGCUCCAUGGGGGGACGUUUUUUUGGUUUUGCAGAAAGGAAAUGGUUUCCCCCUCAUCCCACCCUGCUGCGCAGCCUAAUGAGGUUCCAAGGUGGGAUGUGCAGGGGGAUGGACACGGGGUGGGCAGCCUGGCACUAAUCCAUGGGACUGAGCUGUGGAGAGACGCAGCCUCCACGUUCCCCUGCCAAUUGCACAGCCAGAGUGGAGGAGGUGGGGUGUUCCUGUGGUGGUCCAGAUCAUCCUUUCCUCACCCACUGGAAAGAGCCACCAGCCAGGCAUGGGGACACCACCAGCUCAGAGGGGUGGCCUGGACAGAGAAGACACCACCAUGCUUCCCUAGAAGGGGUUGGUUUGGGGGCUGCAGCAAUAGAUCUGAGGACAAAUAGAGCAAUUGCUGAGGUGCCUCCUCCAGGUAAACAUCCUCUGGUUGGUGACACCAAGGCUGAAAGUGCCACAGCUAAAAAGUGCCCACCUGAGUCCCCACAGCCCCCAGGAGCAUCCUCUCCCAUUCCCACUGGGGCUCUCACUGCAGCUGCAUGUGGGACCCAGUGGCUGUGACACAGGCAAUGCCAGCAUGGGGGGACUUGCCCAGCACCCAGAGAACCAUCUCCUCUGCCUGGGGGUGAAACAGCCCCUCCAUCCUGCCUCCAGCCCCUGCCUUCUCUGCUCUACAGUGCAGCCCCCAGUUGGGAACAGCUACCUUCUCCUCAAGCUUGGCAGGCAGGGAGAGGGCACAGCCUGAUUGACACUAUCCACCUCAUCCAGGAGCAGUGUCACCCUAAAUACCCACCCUCUGCCCCCAUCCAUAUUUCCGGGGCUGGUAUCCCUCCCAUUUCUCAUGCCAGAAGAAGAGCAUGCAGCUCCCCACACUGCACAGAGACCUGCCAAGCCAGGGGGGAGAGGGAUCCACUGUGGAUCAAAUAAUUAUCCCUGAGAAACACCACUUGGGGCAGGAGGAGGGGCUGGGGGGGUGCUAUUCCCAUGGAAAGCACAGGGCUCUUUUUUCAGUUAUACAAGAUGAAACCACAGGGAUAUAAAUGUCGCUGCCUCUUUGAGAACAUUAAUGAAAAUAAACCCAUUUAAUAGUUUGCAGAUGCUGUUUCUGUAAACCUAAAAAAAGCAGGGAAUAAAUAUUUCUUCACUAAAUAUCUAUAUGUAUAUAUAUAUUUGAAAACAUUUGCUCCUAAUCUUAGGGCCCCUCCUUUGCUGUGCUUUUGGCAGCUUAUCACAGUUUGUCAGUUAAUGCUGAACUCACCAAGAAGAGCUACAAAUUGCACCCAUGGAGGGGUAGCAGGACCGAGGGAUUAUUGUAAUCUAAGCUCUCUCUCGCCCUUUCUAUUUGUACAUUUCAAUUACUUGUAACAAGAUCCAUGGUGGAUUUGUUUUUUUCUUCUGCAUGUCUGUGUUUUGGAAAUUUUUGUAAGGUUUUUGUAAAAACAACUCUUGUGAAAUAAUGGAGGAAUAAAUAUUUUACUGAGUAGAGACGUGUCAGUGCAUGUGAUAGGGACCUGAGCCUUCCAUCACCAGCCACUGUGGUUUCCCCACCUGCCCUGGACAAGCAGCCUGGGCAGAAAUUGAAUUGAAAGGUAGAAAGGAGGGUCAGAUUCUGCACAGAAAGUGAGCUAAAAGAAACCAAAAGGGUAGAAAUAAAGCAUCAGACUGUAGAGCACUUUCCACGGAGCAAAGGCCCAAAGGUGCGGAGCAGGCACCAAGCACCCAAAACAGGGGGAAUUGGUCAGGUGAAGGCAAUACCAAAUAGUUGAAGCAGCCAAAGUUAAACAGGCUCCAGGAGCUCACAAUGCUGAGCUAUCAAGCAGCAGAUUUAUUGCAAUGUGGAGAGGUGUGAAGAUUGCCGUGGGGAAACUGCCCAGCACAUGCUCAGACUGAAAGGCUGAGUAAAGUGGCAGGAAUUGCUAGGAAAGGAUUCAAGAGCAAGGCAGAAAGUGUCCUCAUUGCACAAAUAAAGCCUGAAAUCCACUGCCCCAAUAUAUUGUGGAGAUCAGUGCUAUGGUGUGUUCAAAGAGGGUGAGAAAGUUAAUGGUGGGUGGGUGUGUGUUGGUGCAAGCUGGCAGGGAAUCAAUUGCCUGUGCAGAAAACUGCUGCCCUGCAGACUUCCAGGAGCUAGGAGGGCUGGGAGAACAAGGGACACCUGGGUUUCCCUUGUUUCUUUUACUUGCCUUCACCUGCUGAAUUGCAGCAGCCUCAUGUCAGGCCAGCUCACGUGGUGUCACUUACAGGAUGUCUCUGUCACCUCCUCCUCCUCCCCAGACCACCCUCAUUCCCCCCACACAGCCAGGGAGACCACAAAGCUAUCCCAUGCACCCAGAGAGGCUCAGCUCCACGAGAGCCACGGGAUCAGCUCCUUCCCAGCAGCAACCUUUGUCCCUCCCAUCACUGGUGGCUGGGGACACGUGGCUCCUGUGGAUUGCAAGGUUGAGGAAGGAAUGACCCCUAAACCAUUAUUCCAGCUUUCCCUAGAAGGGAACAAGGCUCAUCCCAUAUCAUCCCUGCAACAUCCAGCAGGAGCAAGUCCCCAUAUUGGACAUCACCUCACAUACUUGACCUCCCUGCCAAACUGCUCUGCUGCUGCUUUGUAACCACUUAUUUAUUCAUUCAGUAAGUGGCUUGUAAAUCAUUAAGGCAAAUUGUCCAACCUCCUGCAUAAAGAAUAUUACCCAAGCAGCAUCCUCAUGUCCUCAGCACGUGGCCAGUGCAGAGCAUCCUUUGGAGAGCAUCCAGCCCCGAGUCAAAAGACCCUUGGAAGUGAUGAACUUACACAUCCCAGGGCAGAUUCCUCCAGUGACUCAUUACUGUUGACUGCUGGAAAUAUGUCACUUAUUUCCUGCCUGAACUGUCCCAGCUUCAGCUAAAGCAGAAGGUCUCAACCCAUGGUCAGUCAGCUCCCAGGAGCUGAUGGACAUCUGAGGGGUCUCAGAUCAGGAGACAGACAAGAGUGGAGAGCUGCAGCUCACCUGGCACGGUCUGCACUCCACAGGGGAGGGAGAUACUGGGGGAAGGCUGUCAAUGAAGAGGAGCUCAAAGGCAUUGUGGAAACUCUCCUCUCCCAGGAUGUGGACAUUUUUCCUACCAGGAAGGGCACAUCCAUCACCAGUACUAAUUUUGGCAGGAGAGCUGGUCUCCAUCCAUGCACUACAACUUUGGGAGUGGGGGAAAAUUGCAAAGACAUUUGAAAACUGUUUCCUUCCUCAAAGCAGUUGGUUUUCAACCAGGUGAUUCCAAAAGAGUGGGUCUCAGGUGAUGGGAGGAUCUUUCUGGACUCCCUUUUCUUGUUUCUGACUCCACAGCCUGACACUUGGGCAUGACUUGCUGACUGAUGAAAAGUUGAAGUUUGCCCCUAGAAUAUUUUAAUUAGAACAAUUUUGUGUUGUCAUCAGCAUCGGCUGCUACAGCAGCAAGACAAAACAGAGCUCACAUUUUCCAGCUCACAGGGACACCCGCCCGGUUAUCCCCAUCCAGAAUGAAUUACAGACGUAUCGCGGUUACAGUAUCCUCCUUUCCCAUUAUCCUUGUCCUGCUGAGCCCUUCUCCCUCUGGUGGCAACAGGAAGGUCUGAAGAUCCUCUGAGUCCUGCUGGCACCAUCCACAAACUGCAGGAACACAUGUUCCUGUGACAGCAACGUGUCACCUCCCAGCAGCCGAGCCUCUCCUGCCCUUUGGGGUGAUGCUCAUCCCAAACCCCACAUUCCAUGUGAAGGAGCAUCUCUUCCCUGCAGCAGGUAUUUUGCUCGCUGCUGCUUCUUUCCUACCCCACAGAGAAGCAACCUAAGGCAGCCGACAAGCUGGAUGGUAGCUAUGCACAGGGGAUGUAGUGAUUUAUAAAUACUUGGGAAGAAGGGAGGAAGCAAAGGUUCCUUUUGUGGCUGGUGUCACAAAGCCCAGGAAGAGUUAUCACAUGUAGGGAAGAACUAUUGCAUGGAGAUGCACAGCAUUACAUCCAUACACCACAACUGCAGAAGCAGGGGAAGUUUGCAAGGACAUUUGCAAACUGUUUCCUUCCUCAAACCAGUCCGUUUUCAACCAGGUGACUCCCAAAGAGCAAAUGUGAGCUGAUGGGAAGAUCUCCCUGGGGCUGGCAUCGCAUCUGCCUGCUUUGGAGAGGCUGAUGGGCGCUGGAGCAGAUACCACCCUCCUUCCCCUCAACCAAGGAAUGGCACCCUCCCUCCACCCCAAACAGCUCCCUGCGCAUCCCCAGCUCUCUGGCCAGCAGACGAGGGGCAGAGAAUGGUGGGUGCGGGUCGCGGGCAGGGUCCCCGUGUCCCCGCAGGUCCCGCAGCCACACGAGGGUGCUGCAGCCCCGCGCAGCGCAGCGCAGCCCGCGGAACCGGGCGGACCGGGGCGGCCCCACGGCGCUGCUCUGCUCCGCUCCCGGCUGCUCCAGAGCCCCCACGAGCCGAGCAGGGCAUGUCUCACAGCUCAGCCACACAGCCGGGUUAGAAAACGCCCGCUGGAAAAAGGUUUCCUGGUGCCGGUUUCAUCCUAGUGCCAGAGAGCAGCAGGGAAACACGGUUAUCUUCACCAGGGGACUCACUUCUAAAUGGACAUGCUUGUAGAGCUGGCUCCUCUCAUUCUCUCUACAAGUCACAGGAAUCUCAAUUCCUCGAGAGGAAUAAGGGGAUUUGUGUCCUCUCUGCUUGAGGGAAUUUUGGGAGGGCAGAAAAGGAAGAGUGAUCCAUGUUAAAGGAGAGAUGCCCAAGGAGGAAUCUUGGUCCAGAUCCCAGCAGGGGAAGGUCUGGAUGAAGAGAGAUCCAGGGAGUGGUGCAGGAAGAGGUGUAUCCAGUGCUCAGGGUAGGAGGGAUCCUGGGGCUUGAAGCACUUGAAAGAGUGUGGGAGGGAAAGUGGCUUGUGCUGGGUCUCCACUUGCUUUUCUCCCAGCUCCAGACACCUUGAGGGAAGACACGUACUGGUUGUGUGAAUCACGUUCACACAUUUAACCACAGAAGGGGGCGGAAUGGAUCUUAGAGAUCAUCUCCUCCCAGCCCAUCCUACUGUAGGCAGGGACAGCUUGAAUUAGCCAAAGUUGCUCAAGGUCUCAUCCAACCUGGUUUUGAACUCUGCCAGGGCUGGGGCAUCCACAGCCAUCGUGGGUAGCCCUGCACCAGUGUUUCACCACCCUCACAGUAAAAAAAAAUCUUCCUAAUGUCUAACCAAAAUGUCUCCUCUUUCAACUUGCACCCAUAUAAGCACCAAACUGUUGUUCUGCAGUCCCAGGUGGGUUUCACAGUGUUGCCAUUUCCUGUUUGAGUCAGGUGUGAAAAAUAAGUUGUUUGACAUAAAAAGCACACACCAAACUCCAGAGAUUGCUGGGUGCAACCACUGUCCUUGCUCUCCUGGAGCAGCAGGAGACACUGGGCACAUCCUUUGCCUACAUUUAUGUCAGAGCAAGAAUUUGGGAGCUCUGGGCUUUAGAUAUUAAUGGGGAAAAGGCAGGGAUGCCCUCCACAUGCAGUAACCACUGGAAGUGUCCAGGGGAAAGCCAGUGGCUCUGAUCACCCAGUCCCAGGAAAGCCCUGAUGGGACUUGGUGCUGCCCAAGCAACAGAGCCCAGCUUGCUCCUGCUUCCCCCAAACUUCCAAAACACUUCAAAAUAAGUGCAAUGCUUGGGCCUCUCUCAAGUUUGCCUUGUAGGCUUUUUGUGUUUGUUUUUCCUUUGAGCCAGGAGAGUUCACAUUCCCAAGCUUUUCCCUGCAGCCAGUUAGCAGUUUAUUUUUUUUUUCAAUAAAAAAGAAGAAAGCAUAGUUUUGCAUGUAGCCUCAGCUUUCCUGAGCAGGGCAUCAGCCUCAGGCACUGGACAGGCAGCUGAGGAGAGGCUGAAGCAGCUGGCAGAUCUGUGGGUUGGAAGGGGGUUCUGUAGCCUCCCUUCUUCUUUCUCAUGCCAAAAUUCCCAUCCCAGCCACAUCUCCAAUCACAGCAACAUGUACUGGAGAGAGUCCAUUUUAUAAAACCACUGCCUUUCUCAUUUGAAAACAAACAGGGAAAGAAAACAACCAACUGGAGCCAUUUUAUGAAACUAACACACACAGAGACUGGGCAGCAGCACUUCCCAACCACCAACAACUUAAGAAAAUAUGGGAAAGCCAGAGAAAUGAAGCAUUUGUUGCCCAGCAACCUAGUGCAAAAAAAUGGGGGCUACUUAUCUCGGAAAAUACAAGCAGCUCCUUUAAGAGUCCUAAGAACAGAAAGAAGUGCAACCACAUCUUACCUGAGCUUCUCCAGCCCUCCAGGAUUUUUGGGUGAACACCAAGCUUAGUAUCAGCUUGCUACUCAGGAAAGGAAAAAUGAGCAGAGCUGCUUAGAAUUCCCAGCUCUGCUGAAUUUAAAGGAUCAGCACAAAUAAUGCCCACCUGGAAAAGAGGUUCCUCUGCAGGGCAGGUGAGUGUAGAGAGGAGAGGGAUUCUUUUUAGAAGUCCCAGGGCACUCCAGGCUCUACAGUGGGGUUUAACAUCCUGCUGAGGAUCCAUCCUGCUGGGGUUGAACCCAGCUGCUGCCCAGCUGCAUCUGCUGCUCCCGAAGGAAGGAUGUAUCAGAGUACAAUGAUUUGUUUUUAUUGGGAAUAUUUGCUUCCUGCCACCAGGAUGCAUGUGCAGCAGCAGAGAAACAUACAGGAGUUCAAGACCUGUGCACCAUGUGAGGCAGAAAAGACUUGUGAAGAGGGGUCUGUGUUACCCAGGCAUCUGUGGGAAGAAGUGGCCAAGAGUGAACUGCUGAACCUGCAAUCCUGCCCACCUUCCUUGAAGUGGGAGAGCAAAGAAUUCCACUCCAAACUUCAUCACACAGCUCAGCCUAAGGCCAUAACUGCACUGGGAUAGAGUUGCUGGUACAGAAACUUCUACCAGAGCUGAGCAAAAGCUGAACAUCAGCCUGAGCAGGUGUGUCCCCAGUGAGGUCUCAGCAAGAGCAUCUCUGAGGAGAACAGAGUCAAGGGAACAGCCUCAGUGCACAGGACAGGUGGAAAGGGAAUUUAUUUUCUACUCAUUCUGGGUUGCCCCUGUGAUGUUACUCAAAUUCUGUGUUGCCCUCAGAGGAGGGAGGAGGCACUGAAAAGCAGAGGUUUCCUCCUGCCUUCUCCUCCAGAGGGAUGCUGCUGGGAGCAGCCCCUGGCACCUGGGGACACUGUGUGGCAGAGCAGCUCCUUUGUCACCAUGCAAUACCCUGGUCCUGGCCUCUCCUCUCCAAAAAUACACUUUUGGGAGACACUGCAGAACAGCAAUAGUCCCUUCAAAGCCCCUCUGCUCAUUUCCAGAGCUUUCUGCAAACACCAGCUGGUCCAGGCUGUGAAUGGCAUGGCAGCAGUGGACAGCAGAAACAUCUGAAAGAAAACACCCCCAAGGCGAUCACAGCACAUUUCCCAAAUAACAACAGCAGCCAGAGAAAGGCUACAGAGGGGGAGAAACUUAGUCUGAUGCCCUGGGGGCAUUUUCAGGUAUUAGUGGCAUGUGGACUAGACUGCCCUUUGGGAGAAAACUGUGUCUGCAAACCCCCUGUUUUGUGCCAGCAUUUUAGAUUUUCCAGAAGUCCCAGAACUGUGUCCAGCAAAUGUAUCCAGGCUCUGUGUCCAGGGUAGAGGAUUCCUGCUGGCUUCUCCAGGCAUGUUGCUCUGCAUCUUGCUGUGGUGAGGCUGAGAUGGAAAAGCCACAGCUGCUGCUGGCUGGGAGCUGCCAGGAUCUAGCAGGGUCCUGCCUGCAGUGAGGCUCCUGGCAGGGAGCUGUGUCCUGUGGUGUGAGACGAGGUGGCACUGGGAGCACUGAACUCCUCAAUGGCUUUGCAACAUCACCCCUGAGAUUUUGACCUCCCUGUUAUGCUGCCUGGAAGGUACCUGCCUCCUGUCCUCCUUGGAGGAGAGGGAACCUAAGGGACUAAGUCCUAAGGGACCCAUAUUCUCACAGAUGCACAUGGCUGGGCAGGAGAAGGUGGCUGCUUUAUAACCUCUGCUACAACCACAUCUGCUGACUAAGAGACUUUGUGGGACCUUCAUGAUUUUCCCUGCCUGAUUCAUGGGAUAUUCAUGAGCAGGGAAAGCCACACCUUCCCCAUCAGAGUUCCAAAAAC